AAGCCAUGCCCCAUUGUAUUACCUGUCGACCGCUGAGUAAUGGACGGACAACUUGAUAAUCUUUUACAAGAGCAGAAACAACAAGCACUUCAGCUGAUAGAGGAGCAAAGAAAACAGACUGCUCUUCUUCUGAAGAUAGUGGAAAAUACAACAGAUGGUGAAAAAAUACAUAGAAAUAGAAAAUAUUUUGGUGGUGAAAAGGUGGUUGUCGAAUUGAGAACCAGUUUUAUUGCAGUAGGCGACAUCAAUGAUGCCCACCAGGAGUUUUCAGCUGAUGUAUACAUUGAGGCAAGGUGGAAGGAGCCGUUACUGGUGCAGAAAGAUGGCUCACAGUUAGAUGCAAAGGAUGUAGACUGGGAUGAACACUGGGACCCACGCAUCGUGGUCAUAAAUGAGGUGUCCACGUACAAAAAGAACAGAAUGCAUCAGCUGACAUAUGAAGAUGGGGAUGGCAUUCCAGUUGUGAUAUUAGGUAUAAGAAUCAAUGCAACAUUCAAAGAAAAUUUGGAACUGUUUGAUUUUCCUCUGGAUUAUCAGAAUCUUACUCUGCGCCUAAUGUCUGACUGGCCCAACACUGAGCUGGAGUUUGAGAAAAGUAUGACCAAUAUUGAUAAAAUCAGGACUGAUAACUUCUCAGCAAGGCAGCAGUGGGUACUGAAGUGCUAUGUGAAUAGUCAGAAGAUCACUUAUAACUCAUCAGAUAAUCAUGUAUCAUGGGAUCAAAGUGUGUACCCUAUGUAUGAAAGUGGAGUGCAAGUUACGAGAAGAGCAGGCUUUUAUUUUUGGAAUGUUUUCUUGGUUUUGUUCUGUAUUAUGUUGCUCACAUUUGCAUCAUUCACUGUAAAUAGAGCAUCUCCUAAUGACCGACUUGGUGUGACACUGACCCUCCUGUUGACUUCUGUGGCCUUCAAGUUUAUUGUAACUUCCAGUCUGCCAGCUGUCUCUUACCUUACAUUUUUGGAUUUGUUUGUAAUUGGUUGCCUUGUGAUCCAGUUUCUGAUAGCAGGGGAGAAUGCAAUUGUAGCAUUACUGCAGGCUGACUCAGCACUUACCUUUGACAUAGCAUCAGCUGCAAUAAUUGGAGGCUGCACAAUUGCUUUUCAAGUUAUUAUGGUAUUCUGGCUCUUCAUCAAGAUAUAUAAACGCAAGAAGAUACUUGCUAAAAAUUGCAAAAAGUAUGAGGAACUUUGUACACAGAUUCUUGAAAACAGAAAAAGAAAAGAAAUUCAGCAAGAAGAGUUAAAAAGAAGGAAAGAAGAACUGCACAACCAAAUGCAAGUGUAUGUGUCAAAGGUACAGGAACAACAGCCAAAGAGAAAAAAGAGAAAGUCUAGAUCUUCUAGAUCCAAGUCCAGACUUGAAAAUAAGGUAGCUAACACUUCAGCUGAGGGGGCAUAUAUGGAUAUGCAAUUCAACGACAAUGGAGAGACUGUGGAUGACCCAAAGAAUCACUCAAAAUAAUAGAAAAUAUGGGUCCUUUUU